AUGGCACGCUUCCCACAUCUGGCAUCAUUUUUUCUCUUUCUGACUAAGCUCAGCAUUGGCCAGCGAGCAGUAACAGUUCAGAAAGGACCGCUGUUUAGAGCUGAAGGUUACCCCAUCAGCAUCGGCUGCAAUGUAACUGGCCACCAAGGACCUUCUGAGCAGCAUUUCCAAUGGUCUGUUUACCUGCCAACAGCCCCGACCCAAGAAAUCCAGAUCAUUAGCACCAAGGAUGACACCUUCUCUUAUGUACUGUAUGCAAAGCGGGUAAAAAGUAGGGAAAUCUACGUGGAGAGGGUCCAGGGUAACUCAGUCUUUUUGCACAUUUCCAAGCUCCAGAUGAAGGAUACUGGCGAAUAUGAGUGUUUCACACCCAACACUGAUGAAAAAUACUAUGGGACUUACAAUGCGAAGACUAAUCUUAUUGUCAUUCCAGAUAGCCUCUCGGCGGCCAUGGCUCCCCAGACUGUAAAUAAGGAGGAAGGUGAGCCGUUGGAACUUACCUGUGAGGUGUCCAAAGCCACAGCUCAACAUACCCACCUCUCCAUCACCUGGUACCUGAUGAAGGAUGGAGAAGGAAGCCACGCCAGCAAGAUUAUUUCCCUCUCCAAAGAUUUUACAUUGCUCCCUGGGCCCUUGUUUACAAAGAGGUUUGCAGCUGGUGACGUGCGACUGGACAAGCUUGGGGUCACUACCUUCAGGCUAUCCAUGGGGAGGCUCCAGCCCUCAGAUCAAGGUCAGCUGUUCUGUGAGGCAACUGAAUGGAUUCAGGAUCCUGAUGAAACCUGGACUUCCAUCACGAAAAAGCAGACGGAUCAAACAACUCUCAGGGUCCAGCCGGCAGUGAGAGAUUUUCAAGUCAACAUUAAAGCUGAGAGCACAGUUCCUGAAGGAAAAUCCUUAGAACUCAUUUGCCUGGUCAUGGGCGGUGGCCAGGACCCACACCUUCAGGGCACUUGGUUCUUCAAUGAUGUUGAAAUGGCCCACAUUGAUGCUGAUGGAGUUCUGGAUCUGAAGAAAGAUUACCAAGAAAGAGCAAGCCAAGGACAGCUCCAGGUUUCAAAGUUAAGCCCCAAGUCUUUCUCUCUCAAGAUCUUCUCUGUGGGCCCAGAGGAUGAAGGUGCAUACAGAUGUGUAGUGGCAGAGGUGACAAGAGCUCAGAUGGGCUCCUGGCAGGUGCUUCAGAAAAAACAAUCCCCAGACAGCUUUGUGCGCCUUUGGAAGCAAACAGCAAGAAAUGUGGCCGUGUCUACCAAGAACAGGCAGCAAGCAGUGUGGGAAGGAGAGGCGUUAACCCUUCUCUGCAAGGCAGAUGGAGCUGAGAAUCUCCUGACUGUGACCUGGUGGCAUGUCCCACAAAACCAGACACAGCCGGUGUUUGUGGCUGGCAUGGAGCAGGAUGGCACCGUGAAGCUGGGUGCUUCCUAUGGGGAACUCAAUAACCUCAGAAAUGCAAGGCUGGAGAAAAUGGACUGGGCCACCUUCCAACUUGAGAUCGCCUCCACCACCAUCACAGACAGUGGCAUGUAUGAGUGCAGAGUGUCUGAGAGGACCCGGAGGCAGGCCAGGGAUCAGAGUUGGACUCAGAAGGUGUCAAUAACUGUAAAACCCCUUGAGUCAAGUUUACAAGUUAGUCUGAUGAGCCGUCAACCACAAGUGAAAUUAACCAACACCUUUGACCUGUCCUGCAUAGUGAGGGUUGGCUACUCUGACUUCAAGGUUCCACUCACCAUGACAUGGCAGUUCCAGCCAGCCAGAUCUCGAACCUUUGAUCUGCUUCUUCAAAUCACCCACAAUGGCACUAUUGAAUGGGGGAGCUGCCUACCCCAGUUCCAAAGGAAGACGAAGAUUUCACAGUCUUCAUUUCAUUCUCGGCUCCUAAUCCAUGAUGCCACCGAGGAAGAAGCAGGAGUUUAUCAGUGUAAAGUAGAAGUUUAUGACAGAAAUUCUCUGCAGACUAACAGUCCUGUGAGGGCUUCUGCCACCUCUCACCCACUGAGGAUCACUGUCACUUUACCAGAGAGCAACCUGAAGAUGAAUUCAAGCAGUCAAGUCCAAGAGAUCUCCAUCAACUCAAACACGGACAUAGAGUGUAGCAUCCUGUCCCAGUCCCCUGGAAACCUUCAGUUGGUCGUGACUUGGUAUUUUUCUCCCAUUUCCACUGAUACACUCUGGCUGAAGAUCCUGGAAGUGGACCAAAACCACGUAGUAAAAUAUGGGGAUGAAUUUCAGACCACACGGAGAAAACAAAAAUUCCACGCUGAGAAAGUUUCCCGAGACUUGUUUCAGCUACACAUUCUGAACGUGGAAGACAGCGAUCAGGGCAAAUACCGCUGUGCUGUGGAUGAAUGGCUCUGGUCUGCAAACAGCACUUGGCACAAGCUUGGAGGACAGACAUCAGGUCUCACAGAACUGAAACUCCGGCCCACAGGAAGUAAAGUACGCGUCUCCAAAGUGUCCCGGACAGAAAAUGCCUCCGAGCACAGUGAGGUGACCAUCUGCUGCAGCCUGGAGGGAGCUGUCAGCGCUGCCUCCCUGAUCUCUGUGAUGUGGUACUUGCACAGAGAUUCUAGAAGUAAGAUGUUGGUGCACCUGCAGCAUGAUGGCUUGCUGGAAUAUGGUGAAGAGGGGCUCAGGCGGCGCUUGCACUCUUACCGCUCAUCCGCUACUGACUUUGUCCUGGUGCUACAUCGGGUGGAGAUGGAAGACGCUGGAGAAUACUGGUGCAAGGUGGCGGAGUGGCAGCUCCACGGCAACCCAAGCAAGUGGGCCAGCCAAGCAUCAGAUGAGUCACAGCCUGUGGUGCUCAGAGUGCUGCCUUCAGAGCCCAACUUUCCUUCCAGGAUCUGCUCGUCAGCACCUUUAGUCUAUUUCCUAUUCAUCUGCCCCUUCGUCAUACUCGUCUUUCUGCUCAUGUCCCUCCUCUGCCUGUACUGGAAGGCCAAGAAGUUGUCAGCUCUGAGUCUAAGCAUGCAGAAAGAACAGAGCCUCUGGGUGAACUUGAAAGGAGCUGGAGGCAGGACCACAAACAGGAUGGGAGACUAUGGUGAAGACAGUUGA